GUGUACGUUUCGCGUAGCAUUAGCAGCCGACUUAGCUUAAACGCGCAAACAGUUAUACUCCGUUUAUUAAACGGCCGUCGUCGCGCGACCGUGUUAACCGGCAGGGGGCAGCACCGCAACAAAUAACGAAGGCAAUGAUGCGUACUAAAGCGUUCACAAACUGAGCUUUGUCUCUCACUUAUUCGGAAGAUGACAUACGAGACGGUCAGGUUGGGAGGGAAGGCCCUAAAAUCCCGUGAGGUCCCUCUCGCUGGGCCAGACGGAACCGAUGAAGGCGACCGCAUCCUCCGCAUCCCAUAAUAAUAAGCCGGCCGUGAUUGGGAGCUCGUUCGUCGGCGAACGGAAUGAGGAGGAAAUUGAUGCGCGCCUGAAAAUCUGACACGGGCACGCCGCCGUUGGCCGUCUCGCGCGCCGCGUAAUGGAAAUAGCUGGAUAACGGUAUUCCGGCGGCUUUUUUUGUUUGCGCUUCUAAUGGGAGCGACGCCGAGGUAAACGGGUCGGCCCGCGAGCACGUGUUUUUUUGUUUUUUUACAGCCAGGCAUUCGCCCGAUCGGAUCGGCGGGAUGGCGUCUUUGAGGUGUCACCGGAGCAAGUACAUGUGGGCCACUCUGGGCGUGCUGGCGUUGUUGUGGCUCUACAUCUUCCCCGUGUACAGGAUCCCCAGCGACAAAGAAAUGGUGGACGAGGUUCUGCGGCAGGGGCAGACGUGGAGCAGAAACAAGACCGGGGUGGAUCUGUACAGGAAACUGCUGACAGAAUGCUGUGACCCAAAGAGAAUGUUUGCUGUCACUAAGGAGAACUCGCCGAUAGGCAAGGUUCUGUGGUACGACGGGGAGAUCUACCAUUAUCACACGGUCACCAAUGAAACCUACCCCAUCUUUGUUCAGGAUACACCAUUGCAGCUUCCUUUGAAGACAUGUUCAGUUGUGGGAAAUGGAGGGGUCCUGAAACACAGCGGCUGUGGAAAAGAAAUUGACCAAGCUGACUUUAUCAUGAGAUGUAACCUUCCUCCUCUAUCCAAAGAGUACACCACUGAUGUUGGUACCAGAACACACCUGGUGAGCGCGAAUCCUAGCAUUAUUGAAAAGAACUUCCAGAACCUGCUAUGGUCCCGCAAAUCCUUUGUAGAGAGUAUGAAGGCAUAUGGCACCAGCUACAUCUACAUACCAGCGUUCUCCAUGAAGCCCGGCACUGACCCCUCCCUGAGGGCAUACCACGCCCUUGCAGACUCCGCCUCCAACCAGACGGUCCUCUUCGCCAACCCAGACUUCCUUAAAAACGUCGGCCGAUUCUGGAAAAACCACGGCGUCCACGGCAAGCGGCUGUCCACGGGGCUGUUCCUCGUGAGCCUUGCCCUCGGCUUGUGCGAAGAGGUGACCGCUUACGGUUUCUGGCCAUUUUCGGUGGGACUGGAUGAGCGGCCGGUCAGCCACCAUUAUUAUGACAACAUUCUCCCGUCCUCGAGAUUUCACGCCAUGCCUGAGGAAUUCCUGCAGCUCUGGCACUUGCAUAAGAGCGGCACGCUGCGUAUGCGGGUCGGCGAUUGUACGAAAGAAGGACAGGAACCUAAGAGGGAAAAAUAAGUGGAUGCGUUUCCCCCACCUAUCCCCACAGGAACAGGACAGAUCUCCUGUGAUUAGCAUGAGAAUGCUGUGGGUAAUGAGGUGAUGCCUCACCCCCAAAGCUAGGCCUCUCUUUGGUGUCUAUAUGCUUGAACCUCAACUGCUACCAACACCCCCCACCACCUUCUUGUUGCCAAAGGACAGUUGUAAAGACUUGCAUGUGUACCCAUCCUGCGCUCACUGGAAGCUUGUUGUGUCCGUUUGUUGUCCCGGGGUGAUGAGGGGCUCAGGUGUCAUGUGACCUAUUUAAACUGCAUCCACCAGCAGUUGGACCCCUGUAACCAAGGACUGUUUGUUCACUUAAUAUAAAGGGAGAACGGGGGAGGUGCUGAGUCAAACAAUGUCUUAAGAACUCUAAAUGGGAACUUGGGAGCAAGGCUUUGACCAUUUAGCGUAUUGUAGUUUUUUUUUCUUAAACACUGAUUCUCUGGAGUUUCGAGGUAAUGGAACAACGAAUAAUGAGAAAAUCUUACUCACAGUGUUCGCUUAAAUACAAAUCAGUGUACAAAUACAGGUUUAGCCUGGAAAAGGGAAGUUGGGAAUCGAAUGUACAGCCAAAGUAUAAAAACCCGUUUCAAAGAUUUGAGACCGGUUUAAAGUGAAGGCUGCAGUUCACGUAUUAUUGCGAGUAUAUUUCCAAUUGUAUUUAUUUUUAACAUUUCAGUGAACCACCUUGUCGUUCUAGAUCAGUCUUACGCGUUUAGUGUUUGACGAGAUUAGAGUGAAAUCAUGGGUGGAGAGACCACAUCCAGUUGGAAGAUUUCCACUAGCUGGAUGGAGGCCCAAAUUCUGUUGAAGAGAUAGUGAAUUGUUGCGUGCCCUUGGGAGGAAAAGUGUUACAGAGUUUGCAGUGACUACUGUGGCAGCAUAUUUUAUUAGUGUGUUACUUGUAUGUGUUUGAAUUCAAUCAUUUGAUGUCAUGAAGUGGUGUAAAAAUCCUUUAUCACAUGGUGGAAGGGUCACCAAUCAUAUAGUAACUGCUUUUUUUUUUUGCCUGCUAAGGUGCUGGACACCUGGUCCGGAACAUGUAAAUACUCAAUUAUGGGUUCUCUGAAUGUAUUGACAGCCAUUUUGGUAGUCUGCCCAGUAAUUUGUUUCCUCUACUUAUUUUUUUGUUGUUGUUGUUAAACUACACACAGGGAAUUAGGUUUAAAUUUAGGUGCUAGCUGUAACACAUGCACUCCAGUUUAGUCUUAAUAUAUCAUCACUGAUGGACAGUUUUAUUAGGUUUGACUGGUAGAAGGAUGUACUAUUACACUGAUUUUAAGCCAGAGACCUCAGUAUUUAUAGGGUUAGUUCACCCCAAAAGGAUAAUUGUCAUCAACUACUUACCCCAUGUCAUGACAAACCCAUUUAUUUUAUCGUUGAAAGACAAUUGAAGAUAUUUCAAUGAAACCUGAGAGUUUUGCUCACCACUGAAAAUUCAAAGUUUCAAAAAGAAGUAGAUUUAAGAUAUACAUGAAAAAUUAAUCCACACGUGUGCAUGGGAGCAACUCAAAUAUGGCAAAUGGAAGCCCAACCAUACUUUCUUGACGCCUGAUAGCGAACCUCAUUGGUUUUAUUGAAAUGGGCUUUCAAUGGAGGCCCAUAAAUCUCUCAGAUUUGUCUUACGGAUUUGGAAUGACAUGAGAGUGAGUACAACAUGACAGAAUUUUCUACUUCUAGGUGAACUACAGAGUUGCCUUUAAAUGUGUCUGCCGUUGUCAUUUAAAGCAGGUGUGUUAGCAUUCAGGUAGCUAGCUAUAAGACAGCUUAACUAACUUGCUUCAAAAGAUUCUCCUACGCUAUGGCAACACCGAGAUUGUGUACUUGAAACUGAUUGAAAUGAGUUCUGACAUUUUUAGUUAAACGUUGUUCUGUGAUAUAUAUAUAAUUAGUUUUUGCAUCAAGGUUGGAAAGCUGUACUAUGAGCUAUGUAGUUGGUGAAUCUCACAAAAUGCAUAACCAGGUCACGUUUCACCCCAAUUGAAAGAAAAAAAAAAAAAGACAGUUAACCCCUUUUUACUGCAUGUUGUCGUUAUCAUAAUGCAUUUAAAAAAGUGCCAUAAAUGAAAUGCAGUACAACAAACAAUGGCGCAUAAACGAUCGUGCUUAAUUCCGUUAGUGGUCAUGGAAAAAAAAAAAAUGGGGUGAACUAUGACCGGGACUUGUUCUUAGCAGGUGUUUUGAGACUCGCUCUGAUAGCAAAGGAAAUGUGCGCACUCGUUUGAAUAUCUCUAGAGAUUCCCAUUACCAUAUUUUCACACUUUAAGCCAAUGAGUGCCUUUAUCAGUAUUAAAAAGGCUUUGGGCUUUAUUUCACCAAGGACAAGUAUUUUAACCAAAUCUAAGAUUCAUCCCCCUCCAACUCAGAAGUAUAUAACGUCACAGAAUAGUUUUUAAGAAUUUUCAACCAAGGCUGAUGUGUAGAAAUGUGGAAGGACUUAUUAAUUUAAUAACUUACUAUGAUUUACGAUAAGCGAAUGGAUGCGAGUUCCAAAAUAUGCUAGCAGACGGUUGUAGAAGGACCAACGUACAUUAACGUAAUUUGCUUUUACAUUGCUUGAUUGCCAGAAAACCGCAACUUUAACAUACAUAGCUGGGGAAAGUGUGAAAUGCUGGAGCUGGUGAUUCUUUUUUUUUUUCCUUUGCACCUUUUUGUGUCGUUCAGUAUUGUGAAUGAGUGAGGUAGUAGUUUGUAAGUAGGCAUGCACGACUGUGAUAUGUAAUUGGUUUUUGAAACCGAUUUUGAGUGAGAAACUCACAAACAAACAAUUAUGUCUUUUACGUUCCGCCCCUUUGAGCCAUAAAAGGGUGUUUGCCCUGCUGAAACUGAGCUUACCUCAACUGUACUAUUCACUGUUAAAUGCAUCGAUGAAGCUCACUGGAGCUUGGAGCCUAGUACGUUUUACUUCACUAAGCUGUAAAUGUGUCCUAUCAUGUCAAACUUUUUGGCUCAAGCGGUUGGUGUUUGUACUUGAGCAUGUUACUAACAGCAAACAGGAACCGAGCUGGACGUUGUUUACGUGCCACCUGGGUUUUGCCAAUAUUGAAAAUGUGAUAAGAACAAAAGCAAACACUGCUUUCAAACAAUAAAGACGUCCUGUCAACUCA